UGGGCACGGGACAGUGGGUCUGGAACUUUCUUGUGUCGGUUGUGCUGCUGGAGCUCUUUUUAGGAAGGGGACCUGGUCUAAAACUCUUACCACAAGGCUGUGGAGGCUAGACUAGAACCUUCCUUUGGAAGAGAGCAAUGUUAGAUGUUUCCCUAAGAGGUUGGGCAGGGCUGGAGCAUUCCGGAGGAACCCUCAGUGCUGCAUCCAGAUUCUUAAGGGGUGGUUUGCUGGCACCUCAGCCCUACCCAGUCAUCGAAAUGGCAGCCACGCUGGACUUGAAAUCAAAGGAGGAGAAGGAUGCUGAGUUGGACAAGAGGAUCGAGGCUCUUCGUCGGAAGAAUGAGGCUCUCAUCCGGCGCUACCAGGAGAUUGAAGAGGACCGCAGGAAAGCUGAACUCGAGGGAGUGGCUGUGACAGCUCCCAGAAAGGGCCGCAUGGUGGAGAAGGAAAAUAUGGCAGUUGAGGAAAAGAGUCUAGGUCCUUCCCGCAGGUCUCCCGGGACCUCUCGGCCCUCAGGAGCCAGCAAGGGGAGCCGGACUCCCUUAAAACAGGGUGGCCGGGCAGGCAUGGGCCGGACAUCCCGAAACUGGGAGGACAGCUCUGGGGAGCAGCCUCGAGGAGGAGGUGGGGGCCGUGGCCGGAGGGGCCGUGGCCGGGGAUCCCCUCACCUCUCUGGAGCUGGAGAUGUCUCAACCUCUGACCGCAAAUCCAAGGAGUGGGAGGAGCGGCGCAGGCAGAACAUUGAGAAGAUGAAUGAGGAGAUGGAGAAGAUUGCAGAGUAUGAGCGCAACCAGCGGGAAGGGGUUCUUGAGCCAAACCCUGUGCGGAACUUCCUGGACGACCCUCGGAGACGUGGUGGGCCUCUGGAGGAGCCUGAGCGGGACCGCCGGGAGGGAAGCCGCCGGCAUGGACGCAACUGGGGUGGCCCUGACUUUGAGCGGGUGCGCUGUGGCCUCGAGCAUGAGCGGCAGGGCCGUAGGGCCGGCCUGGGUGGUGCUGGAGACAUGACGCUGUCCAUGACCGGCCGGGAGCGGUCAGAGUACCUGCGCUGGAAGCAGGAGAGAGACAAGAUCGACCAGGAGCGGCUGCAGAGACACCGCAAACCCACUGGCCAGUGGCGGCGGGAGUGGGAUGCUGAGAAGACAGAUGGCAUGUUUAAGGAUGGCCCCGCCCCUGGCCAUGAGCCAUCCCAUCGAUAUGAUGACCAGGCCUGGGCCCGCCCCCCCAAGCCCCCGACAUUUGGGGAGUUCUUAUCCCAGCACAAAGCUGAAGUCAGCAGCCACAGGAGAAGGAAGAACAGCCGACCCCGGGCCAAGGCAGUCCCUCGUGCCUACAGUGACCAUGAUGACCGCUGGGAGAUGAAAGAGGAAGCAGUGUCCCCAGCCUCUGAGGUCCCACAGCCUACUUCCCCCAAUGAGACUCCCACACAGCCACCUGAGACCCCCACCCCUGCCCACCGGCCUCCUGAGGAUGAGGGGGAGGAGGAUGACGGGGAGGAUGAUGAAGAGUGGGAGGAUGUGAGUGAGGAUGAGGAUGAGGAAGAUGAUGUUGAAGAGGAAGAAGAGGGUGAUGAAGAGGAAGAACCAGCCCAAGAUGACCAACCCCAAGAAGCUGACCCCACUGGGGACCCUACCAGUGAGCAGGCCAACAGCGGGCCCACCAGGCCCCAGGAGCCCCUGCCCCUUCCCCAGUCCCCUACCACACCUUCCAGCCCCUUCUCACCACCUGGUGGCCACCAGCCUGUGUCUGACUGGGGUGAAGAGAUGGAGCUGAAUUCUCCCCGGACUGCCCACCCGGCUGGCGUCCUCUUAUCGGGUGAGGCCUGGCCUUUUGGGAAUGCAUGAAGCUGGCUGGCUGUGUGCACGUGCUCCAGGGGUGUGGCUGGUGGCAGAGGUGGGAGCUUGGGGGCUGGGCCCCACAACCCUGGCAGCUGGGGAGGGCAGUUCGUGCCCUCUCAGUACUGUUGUGCCUCUGUCUCUGGAAUGCCUGCUCCAGAGCUUGCCCCAGGCCAUUCAGAGCCCUUUCCCCAAUAAAGAAUUCACAUCAUCACAUGACAUUCCCUCAAGUGUGUCCAUUAGCCCCUCUAACUCCCCUUACCUCCUCUCAGGAUGAGGAGGGAGAGGGGCUUAACUGGGCCUCCC